AGUAGCUGGUGCAGUAGUUGCUGGUGCAGUAGUUGCAUUCACUAAUUGCAGUGGUUUCGUAGUUUUUGUAUUUUUGUUAUAAAACAUGUAAUAGAAUGUAUGGAAUUACAUAUAAUAAAAAUAGUUCUAAUCAUUAUGACAAUAGAAAGCUGUCAUUCUAAUUAAUUUCGUUCGUGUACUCGAAAUAAAUGAAAUAGUUUGUUGAUAUAAAUACUAAAAAGAAGAACAAUUUAACCUCACUUUUUAAUGAUUGACAUAUAUAUGUGUAAUUGUAAUUAUGGCAAAAGUUAUUAAGAAGAAAACAAAAUUGAAGAGAUUAUCUACUAAAGAAGAAUUGGAGCUUUCUGAUAAAUCGGAAUUAAUAGAUAAAAUAUUACGAUUAGAAGCUUACAAUGCGCAACUUCAAACGAUACUUAGAAAAAAUGAGACUAAACAAAUGGAGCAAACGAAAUGUUUUAAUGGGACUAAAAAGCAGUUUGAUUUUACAAAGUGUCAUAAAAGGCAUGUUUUAUUAAAAUUUUACUACUUAGGUUGGGAUUACGAUGGUUUUAUAUGUCAAGAGGGAAGUAGUAAUACUGUUGAAGAUUAUUUAUUUGUUGCUUUAAUUAAAAGUUGCUUUAUAGAGUCUCGUGAAAAAUCAAAUUAUCAUCGUUGUGGUAGAACAGAUAAAGGUGUCAGUGCUUUCUCUCAAGUUAUUAGUUUAGACAUACGCAGCAAAUUGGAACCCGAGAAGCAAAAUGAUUUACAAAAUGAAUUGCCAUAUUGUAAGAUAUUAAAUCGUUUACUUCCUCAAAAUAUAAAAUGCAUAGCUUGGAGUCCAGUUCCUAGUGAUUUUUCCGCUAGAUUUAAUUGUAAAAAUAGGACGUAUAAAUACAUUUUUCCUCGAGGAAAAUUAAAUAUCGACGCUAUGAAUAAAGCAGUUAAAUAUACUAUAGGAUCACAUGACUUUCGUAAUAUUUGUAAAAUGGAUGUUGCUAAUGGCGUAGUCAACUUUGAAAGAAGAAUAAUUGAUGCUACAGUCUCGGUAAAACAAAAUGAUUAUACACAAAAUUCGGGAUACGAUAUGUGCGAAUUAAAAAUAACAAGUCAUGCUUUCCUUUGGCAUCAGAUACGUUGUUUAAUGGGAGUAUUAUUAUUAGUAGGUAAAGAAAAAGAAAAACCAGAAAUUAUUUUGAAAUUACUUGAUAUCAAUAACAAUCCUUGCAAACCUCAAUACAAUCUAGCUUGUGAAAUUCCCUUAAAUCUUUAUCAUUCCGAGUAUGAAAAUAUCAAAUGGUUCUACGACGAAAAAGAUCUUAUAAACGUUAUAAAAAUUUUGCAAAAAGAUUGGUCAAUAAACGCUGUGAAAUCGGCAAUGAUCAAAGACAUGCUAAUGGAUUUAGAAAGUAUUCAAAAUUGUUCAGAUACAACAUUUCAAGAUAAUUGUUUACUUCUUGGUGUGAAUUCAAAAGUUUAUCAACCUUUAAUGGAAAGAAUUACUUGCGAAAGUUUAGAAAAUAAGAUAAAACAUUACGAGAAAAAGCAUAAAUUAGAAUCAAUGAAUUUAAGUAGUACGUAAUACCGAAAUGAUUGCGAAUGUAUUGGUAAGGAAUAUAAUCUUUAAAAUCAAAAUAAUUCAGCCAAAUACAAUCAUAUCUAUUUUCAACGUGCCAAAUUUGUUCCUUUACACUUGAUAAAUAUAGAUUGUUUGUUAUAUUAUUUUUUACAUUUUAAGAUUGACAAUUGAUGUAGUGUUAUUAAAAAUGUCAGGGGAAGUUUCUACUUGCAGUAAAAUUAUCAAAAAUGUUGUAGUAGCUCCACAAAACUAUAAAGAAAAGAUUUAUUUAAUAAGUUUCUUAAUAACCAUAAGUCGAAUAUUUUGAUAAUAAUUUAAUCUGGAAGAAAUACCUGACGAAUAAAAUUAUAACCGUAUUCGUAAAAACCAAAUGCGGAAAAGUUCACUCGUUUAUAAUUUAUUUCGGAUAUAAAUUGAAAAACCUUAAAAGAAUACAAUUUAAAUAUUAUAAUAAAAGUGUCGGGGAAAUAAGCUUAGUUGUUUAAAAAUAUUUAUCAAUUUUUACCCGAUAAAUACCAGAUAUAAAGAAAAAUAUUUUCAAUUGAUAAUAACUUACCUCGGCGCGUGUCUUUAAACAAAGAAAAUCCAUUACUUUUUGAAUAAGUAUUUGUGUCCUAUUUGCCUGUUAUUAUCAAUAAUUUAUUAAACUAAAUAGAUUUUAUGUCUAUUUAUUUAUUCUUUUUUAAUAUAUAUCAAGUGUUCUAUAUUUUAUAAUUACCUCAACUUUUACUAUUUCGCAUGUAUAGUUAAUAGAAAAUAAUUUUAUGAAAUAAAACGAAUUCCAUACAAGAAUGUUAAAGACAUUUGCUAUCUUGCAAUCCGAAGUACCUGGAUCGGUAAGUGUCGUAUACAAUUCGCCAAUUAAGCCUAUUCCGGCAAUAAAGAAAGAUAUCAUCUCUAAUAACAUCGGUAUUUCAAAUAUUGUAUUCAGAUUAUUACAAAUCCUACUUAAUUCCAGAUGAAUAUGCCUGUGUAUGAAAGUAAUGAUUAAUUUCAUAGAUAAAUAUUUAUAAAAAUAAAUACAAUUUUAUUAAUUUUCUUUAUAGAUCAUAUUAAACUGAAAUUCAUAGUACAAAUUUAAUGCAAAUCUAGUUUGUAUAUUAGUUUUACACUGCUUUACAUUGAUAUCCAAAUGUCGUAAUCCUCCAAAUUCGUUUUCAUUACAUUAGAACAAUAUGUUGUACUGGUCAUAUGGUCUUCAAACAUAUUUCUCGAGCGAUCUUUAAUCUGGCAACGUUCAAUUAUAUAUUCAUUUAAUUUACGAAAUCUAUCUUUUUGAUACCUGCAUUUAAAUAUUAUGUUAAAUAAUUAACGGAAUUAUGUUCUCGUUUAUUAUAUUGUAUACGUACAAUAAAAAAAUGGUGAAUGUAAGAUCCAGAAUUGUGUUGAUAUGAAGAGAAUGAUUAGUUAUGCAUAAUACCAUAAUUUGGAUAAUACCGUAUUUCGAAGAUAGUGUUAUGUCACAAAUGUUUAAUAAGAUAAAUGAUAUGAGCCAUCCCAAAACGACGAGUACCAUUAAUUUCCGUAUUUUUGUAUAUUCCAUUUGAAAACCAAGCUCUUUUAAAGUAUCAUCGAGCACGGACAUCUUCUUCAAACAUUUUACAAGAUU